AUUCAUUAGGAAUUUGAAUUGGUGGUGUAGCUUGAAAUGAUCCCUCAGCACUCUGCUCUUGUGUCACAGGCAGCAAGCAGAGAGGGAGUCCAGCACAAGCAGCAAGCACAGGAGGCAGCAAGCACAGGGUCCGGCACAGAAGGCAGCAAGCACAGGAGGCAGCAAGCACAGGGUCCGGCACAGAGGCAGCAAGCACAAGGUCCGGCACAGAGGCAGCAAGCACAAGGUCCGGCACAGGAGGCAGCAAGCAGAUCGGGUCCGGCACAGAGGCAGCAAGCAGAUCGGGUCUGGCACAGAAGGCAGCAAGCACAGGAGGCAACAAGCAGAGGGUCCGGCACAGAAGGCAGCAAGCACAGAAGGCAGCAACCAGCAAGCACAGGGUCCGGCACAGAGGCAGCAAGCGCAGGGUCCGGCACAGGAGGCAGCAAGCAGAUCGAGUCCGGCACAGGAGGCAGCAAGCAGAUCAGGUCCGGCACAGGAGGCAGCAAGCAGGUCGGGUUCGGCACAGGAGGUAGCAAGCAGGUCGGGUUCGGCACAGGAGGUAGCAAGCACAGGGUCCGGUCCGGCACAGAGGCAGCAAGCAGCUUCAACAGUAGACCUAUAGGCUGUAGUAGAUCUGUAGCAGGCUAGCAGCAAGAAGGGGUUGUGGCUGAAACCAGGAGUGACCGAGUGAGUGAGGGGUUGUGGCUUGUGGGUGGCUGCGAUGUGAGUGAGGUGAGGACUGAGGUCUGAGGAGAAACCGAGAAAGGGAGGGGAAAUUAUCAAAGUUAUGAAAUUAGGGUUGGAAGGGGGAUUAAUUAGGGUU